AUGUUUUAAGAAUAUUCUGAUGAAAAUUUGAAAAAGUUAAACUUGUAACAAUAAAGUAAACAAUAACGUCAUUCUGUGACACCUUUUACUUGGAGAAAGCUUACGAAGGAGAUAUAAAAGGAUCUGCCUAUUUUCAGUACUUCUAAUAUACAGAGACAUCUCACACAAGCACCAAAGAUGGCUGUUGGUUUCAAGUACACUACAAUAACAAUAACAGGAGCACUACAUUUUUCUCUUGGAAUAAUCUGUGUCAUGAUUUCCAUAGUUGGUCUUUCAGUAGACAAUUAUAGAGUAUUAUGGAGUAGCUAUUACAGGGAUAGAUACCCCUACCAUCUGGAGUUUCCAUCCAAAAGUACUGCUGCUGCAUCAUUUGUUGUAAGCCUAUAUAUUAUUGCAGUUGGAGUAGUUGGAAUUUUUACAGGACAGAUGUCAAAUCCAGAAGCAAAAACUAGAAAAAUGAAAAAAAUCUAUUUAAUUUUGACGAUUUUAUCAGCAUCACUGUUUUCAACUGGUGGAAUAUCUGCUUUUGCUAUGCAUUCUUUUUGGGCGCUUCACUCUACUGACGAAAAUAUGGCUAUUUUAUUUUUCUUUGGACUAUAUUUAAUGGUUGUGGAAUUCGUUUUGGCUAUUGUUACUUCAUCCAUUUGUUGCUGCUGUUCAGGAAUAAAGAAAGAUGCUGUCACAACACAAAGACCAGAAAAUUUGUUUCUAUCACCAGUUGUUUAUCCACCAAAUGUUGCUGAAUCACAUACACCUCUACAAUACCCUGUUCAACCUCCAAAUGCUGCUGGGGCAUAUAUACCUCCACAAUACAUUGCUCAACCUCCAAAUGUUACUGGGGCAUAUUUACCUCCACAAUACAUUGCUCAACCUCCAAAUGUUACUGGGGCAUAUUUACCUCCACAACACAUUGCUCAACCUCCAAAUGUUGCUGGAGCACAAAUGCAUCAAUAAAAUAAUACUUCUUUUUCAAACGUUGCUGAAGAAGCUAAUCCUUCAUCAAAUACACAAUGAGAUGGAAUAGAACUUUUCAUAAUUUGACUAAUUGUAAAUUGUUUAAAAAGCAUUA